GGUCAUAUGAUACUGUCAUUCAGCGGAACAAGAAAUUUGUAAAUUAUUAUCAAAUAUUGUUCCUGUCAAAAUUUGUUACGUGCCUUAUAUAUGCACCAGUGAGUUAGAGUAACGUUGCCGAAUAUUAAAACAGUUUCGUAUAUCGUGCAACAAUGUCAUUUUUUGGAGUAAAUGUCAGUCCAUUUUCAACACUAGUAGGCCAGAAGAUAGAGCAAGCUACCGAUGGUAGUUUGCCAAGUGAGAAUUGGACACUUAACAUAGAAAUAUGUGAUAUUAUAAAUGAAACAGAGGAUGGGCCAAGAGAUGCAAUUAAAGCAAUUAAGCGUAGGCUCAAUCAAGCUGCAGGAAAAAAUUAUACUAUAGUCAUGUACACUCUUACCGUAUUGGAAACAUGCGUGAAAAAUUGUGGGAAACGUUUUCAUUCCCUUGCUUGUUCGCGAGACUUUGUACAAGAAUUGUUUAAAUUAAUCGGGCCAAAAAAUGAACCUCCCACGGCAGUACAAGAGAAGGUUUUAAGUUUGAUUCAAACAUGGGCAGAAACAUUCCGCCAUCAACCUCAUACUCAAGGAGUUGUGCAAGUGUAUCAAGAACUAAAAAUAAAAGGCAUACAGUUUCCAAUGACAGAUUUGGAUGCCAUGGCACCCAUUAUUACUCCAGAGAGAAGUGUACCUGAAUCAGAGCAAAGUAUUAAUAAUGUUUCCACAGUUGAACAGCAGACUGUAACCUCUUUAACGACACAAACUCCACAAGCUCAGAUUCAACCAUUGGGACAAGUAACUCAGUUGAACGAGCAACAGAUGGCUAAAUUACAAAGCGAACUUGAUGUUGUACAGGGGAAUAUGCAUGUUUUGUCAGAAAUGUUAGCCUACUUUACAAGUUCAGAUCAAAGUAAUAGCCAACAACCAGAUGCUGCAGACCUUGAACUUUUAACGGAAUUGCAUGUAACAUGUAAAGAUAUGCAAGCACGAGUUGUCGAUUUAAUUGGAAAGUUAGCACACGAUGAAAUGACAGCAGAAUUAUUGCGUAUCAAUGACGAAUUAAAUAAUCUGUUUUUACGGUAUUCGCGAUAUACAAAAAAUAAAGCAGUGGCUGCAAGUACUAUUUUAGCACAAACAAUUGGUCAGCCACCAAAUAUGGAUUCCAUUACAACAGCUACUAAGCAAGAAGCUGAUUCUCUUAUAGACUUGUCUGAUGAACCUGAUGCUCUGGAAAAGCAGAUGACAGGAAUGGGCAUAUCUGAAAAUAGUGAUAAAAAUAGAACAGAACGAAAGGAGAAGAAAGAAGGGGACAAUGAUGAAUUUGAUAUGUUUGCACAGUCACGCACUGCCACGUACGAAACUACAAAGAACAGUGGUAGCAAAUAUGAGGAUAAUUUGGAGCAGGUGAGCGGAGGAAGCCUCAGUACAGCAAUUCUCAAUCGCAAUAAUCCUAAAUAUCCUCAGCAGAAUGCUUCUACAGUUGCUUCUACUACUGCUACUUCUCUGAACCGGGAAUCUGAAUUUAACGAAAUGGCAGCCUGGUUAGAUCAUACGCCAGGAGCGCAUGGUGAUCAGGAAUCUCUAACAUCGUCCGAAUUUGAACGCUUCUUAGCAGAAAGAGCAGCUGCAGCUGAAGCUCUACCAACUCUGCCGACGACUACUGCUACUACAGGAAAUACAACUACUUCUGGCAACUCAAACAUUCAACGUCAAAUUAAUAAAGAUCAAGAUAAAUCUUUAUUUGCUCUUUAAAUGCUGCUUUAACGUUUAAGUUUCUUACAGAAGAUUCAAAUGCAAAGGGG